UUUCUGCCCAGACCUGAUAAAUAAAAUUAAUCAUUCUGAAAUUAUUGUUGGUUUGAAAUAGGGACUGAAAUGUACAUUCAGAGGAACCUUGUCAUGCUCAUAUUGUCAGCUGCUUUGCAUCAAAGUAUUGGUCAAUUUCGGGUUCAAUCUUUAGUCCAAACUUGAUUGUUUUAAAAACUCAUAUUUAUCAUUAAUCUAUGUUGUAUUAUUAAAAAAUUGCAGAAAAACUUGAUUGUUCAGCGUUCAGUUGAGUCAGUUAUUUAUGUAACAAGUGUGAUAUUUGUCAUCAUCAUUUCAAAAUAACUAUUUCAUUCACUUAAAACCAAGUAUUUAUUCAAAUAAACCUUAACUAAUUUAUCCUAAAAUUCAUCAACAGUUAAUAAAGACUCAAUCAUGACUUCCAGUGGCCAUUCAAUCUCAUCAGAAGAUGAGAUUGCUAUCAAUAAACUCGAAUAUUUGAAAGAGCUUCGAGAUGUAACAUUUGAACUUAAUAGUAUUAAAUCACGCUUGAAACAAGAGAUGGACUCUAUGGAGGCAGAAAAAAGAUGUUUGCUUGCCUAUCGAAAGGAGAAAGAAUUUCUUGAACAAGAAAAAACGGCCCAUGUAGAGGAACUGAGAUUGAUCCAUUCAGAUCUGAAUCAAAUGGAAAAUGUCAUCAAAGAAAGUGAUGAGGAACAUAGCCAACACUUAGCAACGGCUAAAAGCUUGCUGAUAGAAUGUCAACAAUUGAAGGAUCACGCUAAUAAAAUGAGAUCUGGACUUGGCUUGGGAUUAUUGAAUGAUCUCCAAGAUGAGGAAGAAAAGAUUAGACUAGAAUUAUUCAAAAAACAUCAGCUCAAUGAAUCUUCUAAUCGAGACUUUGAAGCUAAUGACAAGCAAUUGAACAAGCCUUUAUUAUCAAUCGCUACCAACUCCCAUUCAUCUUCAAUCACCCCUUUUAAGCCCACAUUACCCUCGAUUCCUUUAAGACCUGGACUCCUCCAAGGACCUUCUUCUGCCCAUUCAUCAGUAACUUCUGGUGUCUCAAGUAUAUCCGUUUCUGAAAGACAAGCACCUCCAGCAGCAUUUCGCCAACAACCACCUCCAAUGAAGUCAUGUUUAUCGUGCCAUCAACAAAUACACCGUAAUGCACCUAUUUGUCCAUUGUGCAAGGCCAAGAGUCGUUCACGUAACCCAAAAAAACCAAAACGAAAGAGUGAAGAUUGAAAUAUUUCGCUAAGUUAGUUCAGUAAUCUUGAAUAUAACACCAGUAAUAAUAUAACUUAAAAAACAACUUGUUCAUCCAUCAUUUAUGAUUGUUUUUCGGCCAAACAAAACGAUUGACGACAUCGUUUUAUGCAUAUAACAAUCAAUAAUUUGUGUUACUCUUCCAAUUUACUGAGUUUCCUAUUUUAAUCAAUUAGCCUUUGCAGUGUGAACCAAGCAAUACCUUCUCAAUAACUUUUUAAAAAUCAUGAAAUCCAUCAAUAAUCAUUAUCCAAGUUGUUUAGUUUUUAAUCAAAAACAUGAACAAAAUUUGUAAAACUCUUUCUUAAUUUUCAAUUAUUUUCUUUUUAUUCCAACCCGAAUAAACACCCGUUUAAGUGUGAAGAAUAAAUGGUGAUUUUCAAUUCUUGCA